CACGGCGGAGUCAUUGUUUAUGUGAGUGAGGCGGCUCGGAUCUUCGAUCGCAGACAUGAACCUUCUCUGGGAUUCAAUUUCUAAAACUGUUGUAUAUUUCGGACUUUUGACAAGCCAUUUAUGUGGAUUGAGCUCUGAAAAUGGCGGUGCUGCAGCAGCAGGCACUUCUAAAAUGUCGAUACCGGCGCUGGGUGCAAAAGUGAACUUUUUCGAUGUAGAUUCAAAGGACAGAAUGUUGAAAUCAGACACGCUUUGGACGACGUUUAAAUCGCAAAACGAUGAAUCCAAAUUAAUGCAGUUUCUCCUCUCAAGAGAUGGAAUCGAGGAUUUGGCGCAUUUGAAGUUGAACACGGUUGCCAAAGUGGGACGCAAAAAACGCUCUUAUCAGUCUUAUCAGGCCCAAAGAUAUUAUCCGCCAAUUCCACCAGAAAACAUCCUAGUGGUUUGCUUAGGUGCUCCCUUGCAGCAUCUGAAUAAAACUGCCCUGAAAGAAGCAUUUGCCAGCUAUUUGAAGUUGCCAGUGGAGAAUGUCUGCAUUGACAAAAUUUUGAUAAGAAAGAACAUGGUGGAAUUGUAUUUUGUGAAGAGGGGCCACCCGGUGGAUUUCUUUGAUGUGGAUAAGGACCUAAUCCCCACCACAGACAUCAGGAACCGCGAUCUGCUGGAGUACCUGCAGAAAAGGAUCCCCUCCAUGAAUAUUACCAUUGAAACAAGCCAGACCCCAUUGAUAACCUCAGCAAAGUUUUGGACAGAGAGUUACUUCCCCUAUUUAGCAGCUGCUUGCAGUGUGUGCAUAGUACUGGUGAUGGCAGUAGUGAUUUUCUGUUGCUGUCGGAGAAGAAACAAAGAAGAACAAGUGGAUGUGAAGGAGGAAUAUACAGAGCCUGAACAAGUAUUUUACCCCUCCUUGAAGCCUCAGCAGAUAUUCUACCCCUCCAUCAAACCCGAUGUGAAACACCCAGUGAUGAUUCAGCCAGAGGGAAGCCCCGUGUUUGUCACCAAGGGUUGUGUCGCCCCAGUACAAACACAAGCCAAGAAAAUCAAAGCAAAGGGACUCUUAGAAAGAAGAGGAUCGAGCGCUUCACUGAAAAUUGAUCUCAAGGCAGCCUCCCCAGAGACAAAUCGCUGGGAAGGAACUCCCCCCAAAGAAGGUACUGGACUUGAAUAUUUACUUACUGCCGGAAAUAGACUGAGUCGCAGAGAUCUACGCAACGCAAUCAAAAACAGUAGAGUCCUAUACGAAGAAUUUUGGGAAAUUCCCAUGAAUCACCCAGAGAAGGUUUACGUGGCAGGAUCAGGAAUGAAGAACCGAUACCGGACCAUUAUACCAAAUGAACACAGCAGAGUUAUCCUUCCUGAUAGUGAAUGGGACCCCUUGUCGUCAUACAUCAAUGCCAACUACAUCAGAGGCUACGAAGGAGAAGAGAAGGCGUACAUCGCCACACAGGGCCCUAUGUCUCACACCAUCGUAGACUUCUGGAGGAUGGUCUGGAUAGAAAAGUCACCAAUCAUUGUCAUGAUAACAAAGCUUAAGGAGAAAGCCAAAACAAAAUGUGAGAACUAUCUACCUGAGGAGAGUGAGACCUGGUGUACUUUUGGAGACAUUGAGGUGAAGGUCGACCGCAUCAUUGACAAGCAGGGCUACAUUCUCAGACAUCUACUUCUACGUAGCGAAGGAGAAGUGCAGCAUGUUCUACAUUACUGGUACACAGCCUGGCCUGACCACAAGCCGACCCAGUCCCCACACAUGCUGCUACAGCUGAUUCAGGAGGUGGAGCUCCGGCGGUACCGGGGCGACAGAACCAGGGCCAGGGGACCAGUGAUUGUCCACUGUAGUGCUGGUAUUGGAAGAACAGGUUGCUUCAUUGCUAUCAGUACUGGUAUGAGACAGCUGAGGGAGGAACAGUCAGUGGAUGUGCUAGGAAUUGUGUGCAACAUGAGAAGUGACAGAGGUGGAAUGAUCCAAACUCAUGAACAGUAUGAAUUUAUACAUCAAGCUCUGUGUGAAUAUGAAAAGGACUUGGCUGAACCUGUUUCCAAUUGCCAGCCUUACCACUGACCCUACCCUAGCUGGAUGCAGCAUUGGUUGAUUCUAUUGUUCAGCGGCAGACUCACCUGCUAAAUUGGCAGUACGCAAUUAUACCAGCAGUACGCAAUUAUAUCAGCAGUACAAUUUAUACGCAAGAGUGUGUUAGAACCCUGAUUGUCAGAACCUACUUGUUGGCAUUUUAGCAUUGAAUGGUUGUGUAUGGAGGGUUGAAUGUUACUGAUUCUUAGCUAUGUACUUGUUGAUCAGUGUGUGUAGUCGUUAAAUCUCCUCUGUUGUUAGAGGGCAGAGUCCUUGUUAUGUGUCUGUCUAAAAUUGAUGUACUUGUGAUGUAGUAAAUGAAAUUGUUACAUAUCUUUUUAUUUUAAUUGUAUCAGACCAUUUUUUUUUUGGGGGGGGGGGGGGGGCAGGCAGAGUAUUUUCUGCUCUAUAAGGCUCAUUUUUGUGCAAUAUGGAAAUGGGAACUAUUCAUAUGGAAAGAGAGUAACAUUAUCUUAUAUUUUCAACGGCAAGUUAUGUGACCAAAUGUGUAUAUUUUUGUUGUUGUUUUUUUUUUUUAUGAUUACAUACUUCAGAUACAAGUCUCUUAUUAAGCUCCAGUAGUUUUAAGAGUAUUUUAACUAUACAUCAUGGCAUAUUACUUUUUCCAAACAUGGUAUCUUUAAAAGGUAAGACAUCCCAGUGAUGUGCAUGAGUUACAAAGUCAGUGGGUAUAUUAAUCAUGGAAUACAUUUGCAGUGUUUUAGAUAAAAAUUUUUGUAUGGAUAGCAUGCGCGGAUCCAGAAAAUUUUUCCAGGGGGGGGGUCCGAAGGAUAAUUGUGUUUGCCAGGGGGGGUCCGAGGCAUAUUUUCGCGAUAAUUUUACUAUGUAAAUUUAAUAAAUUUUCAUUUUCCAGGGGGGGUCGGGACCCCCCCGACCCCCCAUCUAGAUCCGCGCAUGGAUAGGCAUGUUGAAUGUUUGAAGGUAAUAGAGAAUAAGUACUACUUAUACCUGUUGCUGUGGACAGGUUCACAGAUGUGUAUUGACACCGUUUAUGUGUAGAAAAGAUUCUGUUAACUAACAAACUCUGCUAUACUCUUCAUUUUAUCUUUAUGUAUCUAGGUACACUGUUACCUAACAAUCACUUUGUUCUGAGAGAAUUCCUGUUGUUUCCUCCUUUUUUAUACAGAGGAGAUUUCUCUAGUCAUAUGUUUUAACCUUUUUAGAAUCAAUCUUGCAUUAAUUUAAAGAAUUGUGUUCAAUUUUGUUUGUUUUGGUUUUUUUUUACAACUUAUAUAUAUAUAUAUACUCGUAUGUCUUUACUGGUGAACACAACUUGAACAAUUUGUGUAUUUGGUGCAUUUGUGUAGUUUUAUGUGUAUUCACUAUAACAUUAUCUUAAAUUCCCAACAAUUCUAAAUUUUAUCUUAUACGUAUAGUACUAAACAGAAGGGGAGGGUUUCCUCACUGAGAAUAGAGGGCCAAUAUCGAAAUUCAGUUCUGGUACUGAAAAAUAUAAACACGGAAAUCCUAUACUAAUUUAGAUUGUAAUGAUCUUACUUAGAGUCUCAAUAUAUGACUUUAAAAAUAUCAUGAAUUCCAUGGCUAUAUUGGGUUAUAUUAUAGCAGCUUCACAUGUAUUUUCUAGAGCCUUGCAUUCCUUUUUAAAAUAUCUUUGUACUGAACAUUAUUAAAUGUGUAUAUCAUCAUGCCCUAUCAUAUACUUGACAUCUAUAUCAGGCUAAUAUUUUUUUUGUCUUUUGACAUUUUAGAAGUGCACAAAAAUAUGCAUAUGCAUGUAUAAACAUAAAAAAUUAUCCAAUUAUUCAAUAUCUUUUUCAAUAUUUCUGAAGCGUAAAUUUAUAUUGAUCAUAUGCAAAAAACUGCAUCUAUGGAUCUCAUUUCAACCUACCUCACUCUUAAACAAAGGCUUUUUUUUUUAAAUUUAAAGAACACCAGAUAACUGAGGGUGUAUUCGUUUGGUCGAUUUGAGAGCUGCAAGAGUAAUCCUAAUAUGCUCAUUUGCAGUAUGGAGAUCUCGGGUAGAUCUCCAUUGUCUACCAGUUCUGGAGUAGCCAACGAAUACACCCCGUUAUAAACUCACUUGGUUUAUUAGUAAAAUAUCUUGAAUGAACCUUUUUAAAUACAUUAUUUUUCAUAUUAAUGGCAAACAAUUAUUACUUUGGCAAAUUUUUUUAAUAUUUACAGUUAUUAAUUACAACUUGGUACAACUAUUUACAUUAGACAUUGACUUUUUCUCUAUGGGUUUAUGUUCAUAUAUAUGUGGGUAAGAUCAAAUCCAUCUGACUUGUUACAACUGUUAUGACAUAUAUAUUUUUGUUCUGUGUUGUAUUUUUUUAUAUGUGUAUUGUACUGGUUAUUUUCUGUACUUUUAUUCACUUAACCACCGUAUUCCAUGAAACAGCGUUCGGCUUAGAACCAAGAGUUUUCAUCAUAACACAAUCAAACUUUUUCUCUCCAUUUCCUAUUUUAAUCUCUCCACUCCACCUGAAUACAAACAGUGUUAUAACUGUAAGGGUGCAUACAUUCUUGAAUGGAUCUGACCAGUGUUAAGGCCAAAAAAAUUAAUGAACUGGUUCUCAGGCCAAAAUUUUCAAAAUAUAAUGCAAUAGACAAGUCUUUUAUAUUUAUUUUUAUUGCAAGAUUCCCAAAAUAUUGAAUUUGAUAUUGAAAAUUGAAAUAAUCAAUUAUUGACUGCCUAAUAACCAACACAUUUAUUCUUUGGCCUAAACUAACACUUAUGCUCUGAAGGUUGCAUGUUUUCUAGGUGGCCUCAGAUUUUUUCACUGGCCCAUAGAGCUAGGUAGUCUACUUAACAUUCGUAUGAUUUGCCAAAAAUUGAAAAUUAUCACUAGAUGCUGUAGUGUAUGCAGGAUGGAUCUGCCAACAAUUAUUAAUGUGUCAGGCAUAGGCAUUUUACGACUAUGUUGAUCUUUAGACAUAUGACAUAGAACACUGUACAGAUUGUUUUGGUGUUUAUAACAGUAUAACUGAGUGGUAACUGAGUCGCUGUGUAACCUUCAGCUUUAUGACAGUCUGGAUGAAGAGGCUCAUUAUCUGUGAUAUCUUUGUCAGUAGAGAAAUAGUUCUACUAUGUGUUAUACUUUAUGCCUUUGUGCAAUAAAUAUCUUUUUGUGUUA